AUGCUCUAUCUAAAGCAUCUCGAGAGCUUGUGUGACCUAGAGCUUGAAGCACAAUAUGCUAGAUUUGCUACGUACAACCGUUAUGAUACGGCUCUGCUACCUCUGGAACGCGCAGACGCACCCAGCGGACUUUAUGUCUGUGAAGUGCCUGGUGUCCAAGAAUUCACACCACCAGCAAUGCCGGGUGACUUGGUUCAGCUGCGUCAAUUGAUUCCUGAACGGCAGAUGGCAGAUGGCUACAUCUAUACUGCACGCGUGUAUGCUUGUGAACGUCGUAAAGGUAAAGUCAUCCUGCAGAUACCGGACAUCUGGUACCACUCUGGCCGGUUCAACCUCGAGUUCUUCUACAACAGCAAGACCAUGUUUAACAUCAAACACGAGCUUGCUGCUGCAGCUCUGGAUGCGUCGACUUGGAUGCAUUCGCAUCUCAAUCCGAAACCCCAUCAUGGACGUAUACAGACAGAGUUGACACGAUUGCUGCCCUUCAAGUGGUAUGACAAGUCACUCAACCUAGAACAACAAAAAGCAGUACAAGACGUCGUUCAUCGUCCGUAUGGAGAUGAGAUUCCUUGGUGCUUACACGGUCCUGCUGGGACAGGCAAGACGAAGACUGUCUGCGAAGCAAUCUUGCAAGUGCUGUUAGACAAACCAGACGCACAUGUUCUAGCGUGUGGGCCAAGCAAUACGGCUGCUGACACAAUCGCCAUGCGCCUCAUUGCGCAUAUUCGCAACCCGGCAGAUUUACUUGUGCUGAACCUCGACAAUCGGACGUUCGCAGAGGUGCCUGAGCCGUUGUUGCCGUUUUGCCAUGUCACGGAUGGGUCUUUCACAAUGCCAACUUUUCAACAGCUGAUGCGGUAUCGCGUCAUUGUUGGUACGUGCACAGCAAUCUGCGAGCUCACACAAAAUAGGUGUCGCAAUUUAGAUUUAGCCAAAUUUGAGGCACAAGCGAUGCAAAAGGUGCAAUGGUUGCAUCCGGCUAUGCAGCACACCAUCAAGCCUCAUUUUACACAUCUCUUCAUUGACGAGGCAGGACAAGCAGGCGAGCCAGAGACGAUUGCUGUUUUGCGCGUUGUUGAGUACCCCGGCGUGUCUGUUGUGCUCGCUGCAGACCACAAGCAAUUGGGUCCUCAACUCGAAUCAAGUGUUGCACGCCAAAAGGGAUUGGAUGUUUCGCUGUUUGAAAGGCUCAUGGAUCGAAGCGUGUACUGCGAUCAUCCGUACGCACGGCGAAACCUCAUGAAGAAUCCUCGGCCUGCGUUACCAUUUGCUUAUCCACCAUUCUGCAACCUCUAUCGCAAUUAUCGCUCACAUCCGGCAAUUUUGAUGGUGCCGAGUUUCUUGUCGUAUGACUCGAGUUUAGCUGCUUGCGCGACAGAUGUCGAUGGCGUUGCGACACGGCUGGGUCGCAUCCCUGUGGAAUUUAUUGCACACGAGGGUAAGGAAGAGAUGACAGACUUGAAUGUCGUGCAUUCCUGGUACAAUACAGCAGAAAUCAAGCUCAUCAAGGAACGCAUCUUGAAGUUGCAAGAAUGGGUACAACCGAAGGAUAUUGCCGUGAUUGCUCCAUUUCGCGAACAAGUCGUCAAGAUUCGCUUCGCUUUGCGUGCUGUCCAACUUGCUGCCGUAGGUGUGGGUACCGUGGAAGAUUACCAAGGUGCAGAAGCUCAAGUUGUGAUUGUUUGUCUUGUGCGAGCACAAGAACGCUUCCUCGAUGGCGAUCUCACUGCAAAUCUCGGUCUCAUCAACCAAAAAAGACGCAUGAAUGUUGCCCUGACUCGUGCAAAACAAUUGUGUGUUGUGAUUGGCAAUGCGUCCUUAUUGGCAAGUGAUCCACACUGGCAAGUCUUUCUCAAAUUUUGCAAGCGGCAUGGUGUUUGUUCGGGAACGCCGUUACCUGCAUCGUUGCAGGUAGAUUCGAUUGAAGCGCUCUCGACCAUGGAACGUGCGUAUUUGUUGCGUCAUGAUGAUGAGCGUGUUUUGGGAGGAUCCACAAUCACUCAUGAACAAAAUGGGUACCCUGCAAUAGCAGAGCUGAUUGUUGGUGGUACAGCGCAGAUGGUAUUGGAUGGUGAAUAG